GAAGAGCACCUCGCCAGUCGAAGCUGUGGCGUCAGUUCAGCUGCUGCAUGAUCAGCAUUGUUGGAUCUCGUCGGCAUCUGAAGAGAAAACGAACCAGCCCGUUUUGUUUGUUUUUUUGCGUCUCGUUCGACUUGUUUAUUUUGGAAAGAAGAUAAGCCGAGCUUCGCGCUUCGUCGUGACGUGAAAAGUUAGUACUCACAGUGGAUCAGCUACAACUUGGAACGAAAAUAACAGCGAAAAACAAUUGAACGAUGAAAGCCAUCUCCCUGUUGAUUGUCGUCCUGCUCUGCUGCGCUUCCUGGUUCACGGUGGAUGCUGCCAACAAGUCCAAGUUGCCUUCGUGGCACAUCCGAUUCGCACGCCAGCAAGGACCCAACGCCUGCGUGGUGGAAGAAGUGCCUGGAAGCAAAUGGAAAAUCUGGACAGAGUGUAAAUACUAUCUGCCCCGCAAGAUCUGUGGCCAGAAAACGGUACUUCGUUUCGAGUGCUGUGAAGGCUUCCAUCGCGUACCGGGUCAAGAAGGAUGCGCAGGAGUGAAGCCACUGAAGAACAUUUUGGAAACGGCACGCGAGCUGGGAGCCACGGAUUUCGUUCAAUACGUCGAAGAAUCCGGUCUGCAGAAAGAAUGGGCCCGCGAAGGAGCAUUUACGUUGUUCGCUCCGACCAACGAAGCCUUCGCCAACAUACCGCGUGAAUUGCGCGCCCGUGUCGACUCCUUCCGCGGCAACAUCGAAAAUCCGAUCCUUCGUUACCACGUCUCCGAUCGCAAAGUGACGUCUGAUACCUUCCAGGCCGAUCAGACCAUACCGACACUCUACAACGGCAAUCGCUUGCGUAUCAACAAAUAUUCCAGCGGCAUGUUGACCGUCAACUGCCGCACGAUAGUGCGAAAGGAUCAAGAAGCCACCAACGGUGUUGUCCACAUCAUCGACAGUCUGCUAGACCCUGGUGCAGUCCUCAGUCGAGACGUUUCGGAGAUUGUUACAUCGGACGGCCGAUUCUCGGUUCUGGCCAAAGCCAUGGAAGAAUCAGCUUUCUUCAAUAAACUGCGGUCCGCCGGAAAUGCAGCCAUCACCAUUCUGGCACCCUCGGAUGAGGCCUUCCAAAAAAUUCCGGCUUCCCGUCUCGAUGCCAUCAUGAAGGAUAAGGAAGCUCGAUUGGCUUUGUUGCAGAACCACGUACUGGUGCACCCGUUAUGCACAACGGCCAUCAUCGACGAUCACAGCAUGCGGACGUUCGCCGGUAAUCGACUGCGCUUGGAAUGCGACUCGCAGGGCGUCAGCGUCGAAGGGUCUCGUAUGCGCAAUGAUUUCGUUCUCGGUUCCAACGGUUUAGUUCACAUGAUCGACGAUGUCCUCCUACCCAACCGAGCUAAAAAUCUUCUUGAGCUGGCCGAGUCGCAAAGACUCACUACCUUCAUGGAACUGGUCAAAAUUGGUGGAGUGGAAGAGGCAUUUUCGAAAUUCGGUGCCUACACCAUCUUCAUCCCUUCCGAAGCAGCUUUCUACUCUCUGCCGGAUGCAGUUCUACAAGAUAUGCGUUCAAGUCAGGAAAAAGCUCAAGCGGCCAUCCUCUACCACGCCACCCAGGGCAGGGUUCUCACCAACAAAAUCAAGGAUAGCGAGAUCGUCAUGUCCCUCGACGAAGAGAAUCCUCUCCGUUUGAGCGUCUACCGCAAAGCCAUCGGAGUCGAAUGCGCUGUCAUCGAGAAGGCCGACAUGGAAGGCCAGAACGGCGUCAUUCACAUCAUCAACCGCGUCAUGAUUCCGGCCAACAUUUCGGCUGGCGAUUUACUGCGACGCGAAGGAAAUUUUAAGACGUUCCUCCAAGCGAUGGAAUUGGUGAUGACGGGCAGCGACGCUCUUGAUUUCGCUUCGGGUGGCAUAUCGGCCACAUUCUUCGUGCCCACCGAUGCCGCUUUCGAGGAAUUAGGAACGGCGGCGGUUGCAAAUGCCAUGAAGAAUCGCUCUUUAUUGAAAACGAUUGUAGCCAAUCACGUCGUCCCGGGCCUCUUCAACUCCGACUCCUUCAGACCGCAUCUGAUCUACAAGUUGCCAUCGAUGUUUGGCACACUAGCAGUUCAACGGAUUGAGACAGUCCUCAAAGUGAAGGAAGCCACGGUCAUCAAAACGGAUUUGAUGAACACGAACGGUGUCAUCCACGUUAUCGACAAAGUCUUGAUGCCAGAAAUCGACGAGGAGGAGGCCGAACCUCUCGUCCAGUAGAAGGAGACAGAGCUCACUCUAAUAAAAAAAAACGCGCAUUUAUUCUUCCUUUUUUAAAAUUUUUUUGCUCGUUUUCAAUUCAAUUCGAAUUUGUAGCGCGUUUGAAUUUCUCCUUCUUUCCCGCGCUUUUUUUCGUUCAUCUCCCUCCUCCUUUAUUAUCUCUCAGAUCCACCAGAAGUAUACCUUUUGUUUUCUGUAUACUCUUGUUCAGCGGUGGAAAGCAUUUAUACCCUCCUACAGGACGCUUAAACAUAUAGCCUUUUAUCUUAUUUGACCACUUUCCCCCUCUCACUCACUCAACCACUUGUGUGCCUUCAUAAUAACUUUUUUUUUUGUUUUAAUUUUGAGUUUUUUCAGUUGUUCUGCUAUUUGGAUUUGUGGAGCCGGCAUGACACACCAUAUACGAAAGCCAAUAAUGUCUUAUGUAAAACCAGAUUCAAUACUUUUAUCAAGGGAAUGGCUUGAAAAAUGCAACAUAGCUAAUCCAGUACAUCACACUGCUGUCACCAGUGUUAUUCAA